UUUGGGAAUCGCAGCUCUCCUACAGGUGAUGCUUGAUUACAACUCCCAUUGUCCUUGACCAUUGUCCUUUUUCUCUUGCUUUUCAGCUGAAAAGGACAAAAAAAAACCAGUUCUUGUUCCUUAUGGGAGACAGAGAGCUCGCUUGUAGUACGCAAGGUUUCCCAACAGUCAGAGUAAAACAGAAUACAACCAAAGCAACGUGAAGCAAAGCAACAGAGAUGCCUGAUCGUGGGGGCACCCGUCGCCCAUCGCCUGCACUCCUCCGCCACCUGCUGGGGUCGGCUUUGCUCAGGGCUGGUGUGGCUGCUCUGGCACUGCCCUAUUUCAUGUACUCCUGCGUUGAGGAUUACGGGGGUGUUCACCUCUACAGGAUGGCGGACAUCACAGCGGUUGUCAGCCUGGUGCAAGUGGCCUUGGGUUUUGUGCUCCCAUUCACAGUCAUAGCGGCCUGCUACACAGCAAUCACCUGUGCUCUCCUGGCCUCCCUGUGUGCCCAGUCUCUCAAGGCCCUGCGCUUGAUUUUGGCCCUGGUCUUGGUCUUCCUGGCUUUGCAGUUGCCCUAUGCACUGCUUACCUCACUGGACAUGACCGCUUUGAUGGGACACCAGGCGUUGAGCUGCAAAGUCAUCCUCCGCCGGGACUUGGCUCUCCUCAUCACCAGUGCCUUGGCCUUCUUCUCCCACUUUUCAGCCAAACACCCAGGUGGCCACACUGCAAGUGGACGUUCUGCACCUUCUGAAGUCCAUCUGGCAGCCUGCAAAGGAAGAUGUGACGGGCCUGGAUGAUGACAUGGCACAGCUCUUAGGGAAAUGCAGUGAUGCACAAUCUCGCCCUGGCUACCCACAGAAUAGAAUCCUAUUAUUAUAAAUAAAAUCCUCAUAGA